AUGGAAAUGACCCAAGGAAGAAGUGGAGAAUUGGAUGGAAAGUGGAGGGCAGGAAGAGGCUUGAAAAGGGGAAAGCGUGAAGAAGGAGCAGAAGCAGAGGAGUGCUCCUCCCUGCCCCUCCCUCCCCUCUUUUUCUUUUCCUUUCCUUUCCUCCAAUCCCUUCCCCUGCUCCGUCCCGUCGGGCUUCAGAAGAGCGAGCGGCGAGCGUCUGAGCGCAGGACAACUCCGCCGCUGCUAGGAAAAGCCGCUAUGAGGGGCGCGUGGGUGGUGCUGGCCGCUUGCUGCUGCUGCUUGGGGCUGUGUCCGGCGGGGGCGGGCGCGGCGGCGUGCGAGCCCGUGCGGAUCCCGCUCUGCCGCUCCAUGCCCUGGAACAUGACCAAGAUGCCCAACCAUCUCCACCACAGCACGCAGGACAACGCCGUGCUGGCCAUCGAGCAGUUCGAAGGACUCCUGGGGACGGGCUGCAGCGCCGACCUGCUGUUCUUCCUGUGCGCCAUGUACGCGCCUAUCUGCACCAUCGACUUCCAGCACGAGCCCAUCAAGCCCUGCAAGGCGGUGUGCGAGCGCGCCAAGCACGGCUGCGAGCCCGUCAUGAGGCGCUACAACCACAGCUGGCCCGACAGCCUCCAGUGCGGCGAGCUGCCCCUCUACGACCGGGGCGUCUGCAUCUCACCGGAGGCCAUCGUCAAGGCCGACGGGCCCGAUGCGUACUCGCAGGACCCCAGCCGGUGCAACCCAGAAACUAGCCCGGACUUUCCCUUGGACGCCAACAACCUUCACUGCAGAGGAGCCAUAGAUCGCUGCCAAUGUAAGACGGUCAAGAUGGGGCUGAAAACAUACCUGAAGAACAACUACAACUACGUGAUCCGCGCGCGCGUGCGGGAGGUGCGCGCCCGCGGCAUGGAGCCGACGGCCACGGUGGAGGUUCGCGAGGUUCUCAAGUCGUCGCUGGUGCACAUCCCCCGGGAGACGCUGACGCUGCACUAUUCGUCCUCGUGCCGCUGCCCGCCCCUCACCGCCGGCGACGAGUACCUCAUCAUGGGAUACGAGAACGAGGAGACGUCCAGAUUGCUGCUCAUCGACGGCUCCAUAGCGCUCAAGUGGAAGGACAAGAUGGGGCGCAAAGUCAAGCGGUGGGAUCAGAUCCUGCAAGGAAAAGCCCGAGCCGCUCAUCGCCGGAGUCGCCACUGA